AAUAUAUUAGCUUUUUUCAACGUUGAACAAAUGGAAGGCUGAUGAAAGUAUUGGUAAAUAUAUAUAUAAGCAAAACCAUGCAUGUUAACUCACAAAGAAUAUCAUAGUGGAAAAAUGGGAGAAGAAAACAAGGUAACUCUACAUGGACAGUUGUUUAGCCCUUAUGUGAAGAGAGUAGAACUGGCUCUCAAAGUAAAAGGCAUACUUUUUGAGUAUGUAGAAGAAGAUCUGAAUAACAAAAGUCCAUUGCUCCUCAAACACAACCCAGUUCAUAAGAAAGUUCCUGUUCUUGUUCACAAUGGAAAACCAGUAAUUGAGUCGCUUGUCAUUCUUGAAUACAUUGAUGAAACAUGGAAGAAUGGACCUCGACUCUUGCCAGAAGAUCCUUAUGAAAGAUCUAAAGUCCGAUUCUGGUCUGCUUAUAUUCAACAGGUGAUGGAGUGCACGGUGAAGAUAUUCACAGCGGAAGAACAAGAAAAAGCAUGUGAGGAAUUUUAUGAGAAACUAGGCGUGCUUGAAGAUGGAAUGAAGGAUAUGUUUCCAGGGGGCAUUGAAGGUGGGAACAUAGGGCUCCUAGACAUCUUAAUCCUCGUAGCAUUUGGCGCAUAUAAAGCACAAGAGGAAGUGUUUGGAGUGAAGCUUUUGGAUCCAGAAAAGACUCCCCUGAUACACUCAUGGGUGAACACUCUACUUGAACUUCCCCUAGUGAAAGAAACUGUUCCCCCUCAUGACACGGUGGUAUCAUUUGUUCGAUUUUUCAAACAAAGAAUCACUAAUGCUCAAUCUCAGUGAGCUUCUGUGUGUUCUCUUUUCUUCCUACUGUGUUUGUUUGUACUAGUGCUAAAAUUUCUCAUUUAAUUCUACUGUGUAAUAAGGCUUAUGGCCUGCCUCUCUACCCGACAAAGGUAGGGUAAGGUCUGCGUACAUCCUAUCCUAUCCUCCUUAGACCUCACUUGUGGGAUUACACUGGGUGUCUUUUUAUUGUUGUAAUAAGGCUUAUGGCCAUCUGGUUGAAAUUUGAACUACAUUGCUGAUAA